UGUUGCGGGUCGUUAUAUUCUUACCUUUUGAUUAACAAAAACUAAAUGGAUUGAUAGCAAAAUUUUAUAACAAAUAAAUAAAAUGUAAUGCGAAACAUCUAAAACAUUUUAAAUUCACAAUUUGCCUUAACCGGCAAACAAACUGACGUAAUCAUACCAUGACAACAUCGUUUUGAUCAGGCAUGUUAUUAAAGUUACUAAGUAAUAUAAAUUUCCUUAGUCUUGUCGGUCUUGUAGGUAUGCGUCGGAUAUUAUAGAUAUUAGUUACGUCCAUUACUUUAAUUUGCUGAGAGUGUUAGAGUUAUAAUGGUGAGCUUAGUAGAGGUCAGAUGUUCGGUGCUAUAGGCUGUAGGUUUGUUAUUAAAAUUUGAUGUAAUAUUCACGAUGAACGACCCGUGGGACGUGAAAUCAGUGAGACAAUCAAAUCAGUACAUGUCUUGUAUGAAGAUAAACGGUGUCCCUCUUCUUCCACCAGUAUUGUCCAAAGAAUGUCGUACAGAAAUGAAAUACUAUAAACUUCUAGCAAAAGAAGUUGAAAAACGCAUUCAAACACUCAAACCAUUUAUUGUUGGGAGUGACACGGACUCUGAAGACAUAACUGAUGCACCAGAACUUCCUGAGUCUGAACAGAGCUUUGAACUUCCGGUUGAAGUUAUACAAGAUGAGAAAAAUGAAAAUAAGGAUAAAGUAAUGUGUCAAGAUGUCGAAAAAUGUUUUGAUGACAGCUCUGGCAAAAUAUGCCUCACAAGCAAUACAUGUGACAACAUAACUUCAAAUUUCACACUUGAUGAAAGCGCCUCUUCUAAAUUAUCAUCAAAAUUAGUAAUAGACUUGAGUUUGAGUAUCAAUGACACGAGUAAAAAUGAACUCGAUAGUGUUAAAAGCUCAGAAACAGCAAUUAACGAUUUACCAGAACGUGACUGUGAUUGCCCUAAAAAUGAUCAAAAAGAAUUAAUAAUUGAUAAUGAUAAAGCUUACGAUAAAAUAAAUACUUCAAAAAAUGAUAAACUUACUUUCCAUGUCAGUAUUAGUAAAGAUAUAGUCUCCGAUCCGUUAACUCUACAGUUUAGUCAAGAUGGCCCUGCUUCUCUUAGUUCCAAAAGCUUUACUGGCUCUCUCAACGAUAUUCACACAGAGAGUGUCAAAGAAUCUCCAAUUCCCUUAACUCGUCAAAGAUCAUACACAGUACUGAAACCGAGUCCUAUGCUUUUAGCGCAUUUGGAAGUACAAUCUAUAAAUACAGGUGUCGAUGUUACCUCGAUUUCUAUGAGCGAAUCUCUUUCUAAUUUAAGUUGCUCGAACAAAAAACGAAGAAGCUGGGACUUAGAAACAGCUAAAGUAAAAUGGUCUUCAAUGGCUUUGGAACUGAAGGAAAAAAACAUAAAUAGUGCUAAGAGUACCGUUAAAAAUUCAGCUACGAGAUCUACUGUAAGAAAAUUACAGUCAACUCCUCCGAAAGUUAAGUCUUUGAUACAGGAUAAACCUAAAUGCAGCUCGCCAAAAGUCGUAACGAAAUCUGAACCUAUACAAAAACCGAAGAAAGCCGUGAGUCCAGUUCGAAAUCCACAUAAUAACGCUAACUUUAAAACACCUACAAACAAACUAGGAAGUCAAAAGACUGAAAUUGUAAAGAAAAAACCUAUUUCCGAAAUAGAUGACCCAGCGACUCGUGUCAGGGAACUUUAUGAAAAAAUUCAAAAACAGCAGCUAAUUCAAAUGGCUAAUUUAGUCGAAAAACAAAAGAAGGAGCAAAUGCUUUUGCAGCAAGUAUUCGAGGAACAGAAUAAUUUGCUAUUCACACAAUUAAAAAGUAUAUGUCCUAAAUCUCCGAACGAGGUCAAAGAAGCAUGGGUGGAUAAAACUCACGAAGUCACUGAUAGAGGACCGGUAAGUUUGAGCCAGUUGAUAAAUCACAAGCCCGAACACAAUGCCUGCGAUAGCCCUGUUCUUUCAACGCUGACUGAAACGAACGAUUACAUUAAUUACUGCGAUAAUGUGCUUAAGAAGUCAAGGGAUAUAACUGGGAGUAUGAAGAAACAACAAACUGUUAAAGAUCGAGAGAAGAUUAAAACUCCUAGUCCAAAACGUCAGAAGGAUGGGAGCAGAACACGAACACAUUCUCCCGUCCAUAAGACCACGCCGACGUCGAGGAAACUUACUUACGAGACGAGCGUGUCCUCAGAUCGCGAUUGCGAUCCAAUUCUGACUGAUCGAACGAACGAUACAAUGGCAGAUUUAAAUGUUACCUUCCCAUCCGACCGCAGCGAGGACAGCCAAGCUUACGUGCAUACCAAUAUCUAUGAUCAACUAGAAAUAGGAAGUCCUAUUUCAAUACCGAAGUCAAUGUCCUCGUGUAGAUCCACAGACAAAGCAAUUAGGAGUAUGGAAGAAACUAUUCAGAAUUCCAUAAAUAGUAUGUGCGUAAAAACAGCCACGGCAAAAAUGUAUCGAACGCCUACAGUUGAAGAGCGAUCGGCAGCGACUAAGAUAGUAGCUCACGCGAAGGGGUACCUCGUCCGUCGACUCAUGAAGUCGGAACGCGUGCAGGCCACGGUGCAGACGAUCAAGGACGCGCUACUGUGUGCCUUGCAGCUGCACCAAGACCGGGAAGGGAUUAGAGGCGCUGAUGUUGACCUGCAUAGACGACUCAUCCAGCAGAUCACGGCUGCGUGCUAUUCGCUACACGACACGUUCGUGGCGAGCACGGCGGCUGACCGUUGCGCGAUGAUCGCGGCCGACCGCUCUCGGCGUCGGUCGCUCGCCGCACGUGUAUCUCCCGCCUUAUCGCACCGACAAUACCGCCCUACGGAUCUCAUGUCACAAAGCCACAGUGGCGCGUUUCCGACGCGCAGCAAGCGACCCGCGCCCUCGCUCAUGUCUCAGUCCAAUUAUGAGACAUUUAGUAGCGACAAGAGCGUAAUGCGCCGCUACAUGCCGAGCCCCCGGCGUCGCCCGUGGCGCUGACACCUACCUACCGACACUGCCUUCUAUCCGAGCUGAAAUAGGCUAAUGUAUUACCGCUUCGAAUCUACCUUUUGUUACCACUGCUUUACAAUGUUAUUAUUUUGUUUAAUUAAGGUUAGGGUCCACAUUCUGGAAAGUUAGUGAAAUCGAGAGGCCACCUGGAAAGUCUGGGUAACUUGAGAUUUUGCACUGUUAUAUGUUUAAAUAUAGUAUCUUUCUUUAAAAAGAAUGUAAUGGCCUGGGAAAGUCAGGGAUUUUGUUUUGGACAUUCACAAACCUUCGAUCCAACAAUAUGUGAUAUUCAUUUUAACUUUUUUAUUUAUAUUUUGUUAACACUGUUAACCUGCUUUUUUUAAAUAAUUUGGCAUAAAAUUAUUUAAGCGGAAAAGUAAUUUAACAUUUAAUUUGGAUAUAAGUUUACAGAUUUUUUUAACAUAUAACAUGCAGUAGUAACAAGAGGUAGUAUAUUUAUAUUAAACUGCCUAGUAAUUAGUAUUUAUUAAAUUUAGUUAUAAUUGAUAAGCAUGUUAAGAUUUUAGAAUCAUUAAAAAUGUCUGCCUGGAAAUUCCUUGUUCAGAUUGAUCAAUCAUUCCAAUCAAUAGAUUAUUUUACUUUAUAGUAAUUACUCCCAAGUAUUUUUAAAGAGAUGUAACUGAAUAAGGUUAGAGAAAUAAAGCAAAGUAAAAAAAUAUAUGAAUAGUGGUCAAACUGAAGGAUAUUUCCGCAACAUUCUUUUUUGCUUACUCAUUGACUCUGUAGCAAAUUGUGUUGUUAUUCAAAUCGUCGUAAAGCUAUUCUAAAAGAAACAUAAUAUAUAAACCUAAUUGAGUACUGAAAACUUAUAAAAAAUAUAUUGGCGCCACUUUUAUACUACUCAAUUUUAUCCAUUUGCUAAUUCGCAUGGUUCACUUUCAGGGUCGCGUUCCCUUAUUUAAAUGAUAAAAUACUUGCAUGUAGAUAAAAUAAACUCAGCGGAAUAUAAAAGAAAAUUCUUUGGUUUUUUUAUGAACGAAAUUACCAUUCAGUCGAAAGAUGUUCUAGUCACAACUGUCCGUAGAAAACUUUAGUUUUUAUUUAUAUGUAUACUCUUUCAUGAAGAAAUAUAGAAAGUAAAAUUGUUGGUGCUUUCGAAAAAGGUUGUACUGAUUUGCGAUAAGGUAAAUUUUUUAUUUAAGAAACUGUGUAAAACAUUUUUAUAUAAACAUUGACUUGAAUAAAACAAACAUUUGCUCGAAUUUAA